CCGGAGUCUGGAGACAAGCUGCCCAAUAGAUAUAUAUAUGUUUGUAUUCAUACAGAAGAAGAGUGAGAGUGCAAAAUUUGAAAAGAUGAAACUAAUUAGAGUCACUCUCUCUCUUCUCCUCAUAAUCAAUACUCUCUCUCUAAUACCUCUCUCUCACUCCUCCCCAGAUUCAAAUUCAGAGUGCAAAGCAUGGCUCGUCCAAUCAAUCCCCACCGACAUGCCUCACCUCUCUCGAGUCCCCGGCGUUCUUUCCACUGCGGAUGUUUUUCGUUGGUUGGCUGGAAAUUCUUCCAAGAGGCUGGACAUAUUAGCACAAUAUUGGCAGUUAGUAGCAGGUUCUGAUGAUCCUCGUUCCGGGGAUUAUGGAUACUCGAAAACUGAUAUGCUAAGGUUUGGUGCUAAUGAAGGCUUUGGUGUCUAUAAAGCAAUAGAAAAUGCUGCCGAUCGCAAUGUUAGUAUCAGGUUUUUACAGCACUCUGGUGUAUAUCCUGAUUAUACUGAAGAACCAUCAAACCUUGCUUCGGGGAGGCCAAAUGUAAAGAAUGUCACAUUACUGCUUAGUGAAUGGUGGGGAUCAGGCAUAGUCCAUGCAAAAGUCUGGAUAUCAGAUCAUCGAGAUGUUUAUAUAGGAUCUGCGAAUAAUGACUGGAAAUCUCUCACUCAGGUUAAGGAAGUUGGAAUAUAUCUUGUUGGUUGUCCAACAGUAGCUAAUAAGGUUGAGGUCUACUAUGACAACUUGUGGAAACUUGCAUCUCUAAAUGUUUCAGCUUACACAAAAACAAUAUGGGAUCAGCAGUGGCAGGUCACCAGAAAAGUUCCGUGUUGGUCUCAUUUUAUCCCUUCCAAAGAAAGAUGCAGAUCACCUCUCCCUUAUUUUGUGGAGGUUCCCCAUGUAGCGGGCUAUCCAGUACUGUCAGACCCUUAUAUGUUUCAAAUGCCAAUUCAAACUCCCGGACUCAACUAUUCAACUUUGCAGCCUCAAUCCAACUAUCUCUCGUUUGCUCCACCAGAGCUGUUAUUCGGCAAGUACCAGGCAGAUGAACAGGCAUGGGUUGACACAAUUAAAUCUGCAGGAGUUGGAGAAACUGUUAGAAUAAACACUAUGGAUUGGCUUGGCCAAUCCCAAUACUUGACACAAACAGUUUAUUGGUCAUCCCUUUCCUCAGCAAUAUCAGAGGUUCUCUUCUCCAAGCAUGCAAAGGUCAAGAUCCUAGUAGCAUACUGGACACACUACAUCAACGGCACAGAUCAGUACUUGAAGUCUCUUCUCUACUCCAAUGCCCUAUGCUCUUCUUCAAAGUACAACAAAUGUUCCGGCCAAAUUGAGAUCAGGUACUAUGUCGUGCCUGGAUUUAACUUGACUGGACCUGCCAUUCAGAAUGGGACAAGAACAGGAAAUGCAUACCCGGGUUAUUCCAGGGUCAACCAUGGAAAAUAUGUAGUAAGUAAUGUGCGAGCCCAUAUCGGGACUAGCAAUCUUAUAUGGGAUUACUUCUAUACGACAUCUGGUGUCAGCUUUGGGACUUUUCAUCCCGGCAUUGUUUUGCAACUUCAAGAAAUUUUUGAUGCUGAUUGGAAUUCUCCCUACACUGUUCCAGUUGAGCCGUUAGAGGAAGGCCAUGCUUAUUCAAGCUGAUGAGGAUUUGAAUUUCUUCUCUGGGAAGGAUUUAAGUUUUUUAUUCUGAUUUUAUGUGCUCUGUGGCUGUUUUUUUUUACCACAGAAGUCAACCAUAUCUGAGCUCGUCACAGAAAAACAACUUUCACUCUGUAAUUUAUCAAGAGGAAAAUGAAGCAAUUUCAACAAUUCAUAACACUCUAUCUGGUCUCACUAUUUAUAUGUAUGGGACAAUAAAUGAUUUUAGUUGAGCCGAUCAGUUGAUUGUUUUGAAA